AUGAGAUUCUACCAGUUUCUUUCAAUAUUUACGACGUUGCUUCUGGUCAUUGUUCAAGCAACCUCGACUACAAGUUCAUACAUUCUGACCAUUGACGAGAACGGACAAGUUAUUGAGUCGACAUUUCUCGAUGAUAUCAAGUUAUUAGUUGAUAAAUUAGGAGGUGAAAUUACUCAUGAAUACAUGCUGAUUAAGGGUUUCACUCUUGACUUAUCAGACGACAUGGUACCAACUUUGCAGGAAAAGUUGCAAGAAAUCAAGGAUAAGUUUAAUUGUCAUAUAUUUCUGGAGAAGGACUCGGAGGUUCAUGCUUACUCGGCGCAUGAGUAUUGA